UGUCGAUUCGAGCCGUUACAUCAGAAUCCAAAGUCAUCUUGCUUCAGUAAUCACUAGUCAACUCUCCGUUCCUGGACACCACCACUACAGGGAAAAAUCCUGCCAAAAUUAGACCAUAAGCCCAUAAUAACUACCAAGUGAGUUGAGUAUUAUCUUGAGUUCGUCUGGAGGAAGAUGACGGACCUUGCGGUGCCUAUGAGUAUGAAGAGGAAGGAUGUCGAGGUAGUGGACGGCCAUGGAUUCUCUAUCUUCUUUGAUCCUAAGAGGAUCAAACUACAGAAUGUCAAGAUUCAAGACAUGAUGGAAGAGGACGAACCAUUGAUACGUGCUACUGCGCCAACCCUUUUCCAUGAUCAGGUGGACAUUCUGUCCGAGGGUAAAUCUCCAGAGCCACCGUCCAAGUUCAGGGAAGCUCAAAACACCAUGGCAGCGCCAAUGGAGGUUGUGGCGGAGACCCUGCAGCAGCAGCCGUGCCAGAAUGCUCACUUAUUUUCAGGUUUCUUCUGAGUGGCACUCUGCUGGAUUUUGUGGACUUGUAUUUGUGGUGUAAGCCUGUGACCAGCAUACAUAGAGCGUGUCCGUCCGUUUCAUGCUGUUGCAGUGUAAUGCUAAUCUUUUGCCGUCACCUAGACCAGCGCAUGUUGCUGACCAAAAUAUGCUGUUGCAUUUUAAGCGUAUCAAUUUUAUCUGCAGAUUUGAUUGUGAACUAUGAUCCUGUAAAUAACAUUGGCUACCUUUUGCUGUCU